GUAGCCCUUUGUCAAGUCCAAGUACUUGGUUUGCGCAGAUUUUUUUUUCGCUCAUCUAGUGACCACCUAUAUACGACAUUCCUUGAAAUGCCAGCAGAACUCUGCCCACCAUAUGCGCCAUUUUUCGGCUUUGCAGGUGUCGCUUCAGCUAUGAUUUUCAGCACGCUUGGUGCUGCGUUUGGAACGGCAAAGGCUGGAAUUGCUAUUGCAGGCCUGGGGACGUUCAAACCUGAACUGAUCAUGAAGUCUCUGGUGCCUGUGGUUAUGGCAGGAAUCAUUGCGGUGUAUGGAUUAGUCGUAUCGGUUCUCAUCGCAGGAAAUUUGAACCCAUCGAAAGACUAUCCCCUAGCUGCAGGCUUCAUUCAUCUGGGAGCAGGCAUUUCUUGUGGAAUGACUGGCAUUGCUGCGGGCUAUGCUAUUGGCCUCGUCGGCGAUUCGUGCGUGCGGGCAUAUGUUCACGAGCAACGAAUAUUCGUGUCCAUGAUCCUCAUCCUGAUCUUUGCGGAGGUCCUGGGGCUUUACGGCCUCAUCGUUGCACUGUUGAUGAAUACGAGGGUCACUGGUCUCGUGGGUGUUUGCGAUUGAUCACUCAUGCUUCAUUACAUACAUUUUGUUCCCUACAUAAAUACAGGCUCCGAAUAAAAGCACAGACAAACUAU